AUGGUGUACAAUUUCAAAGUGUUCAAGAAGUGUGCGCCCAACGGCAAGGUCACGUUAUACAUGGCCAAGCGCGACUUCAUCGAUCACAUCACUUUCGUGGAACCCAUAGAUGGCGUGGUGCUAUUAGAUGAAGAGUACGUACGCGGCCGUAAAGUUUACGGACAGAUGGUGUGCACUUUCCGCUAUGGGCGCGAGCAGGACGAGGUCAUGGGUCUCAACUUCUAUAAAGAGCUGUUCCUUGCAUCGGAGCAGAUCUACCCACCUCCGGAGAAGAGGUCCUACGAACUAUCUCGUACCCAGGAGCGGCUCAUGAAGAAGCUGGGCGAGUCGGCGGUAGCAUUCCGACUGUCAGUGCCUCCAGGCGCGCCCGGCUCAGUGACUCUGCAGCCGGGUCUCGAGGACGAUGGCGAGCCGUGCGGAGUGCACUACUACGUCAAGAUCUUCGUUGGAGACUCCGAGAUUGACCGCUCACAUCGCAGGAGCACAGUGGCUUUGGGUAUUCGCAAGUUGCAGUAUGCGCCUUCGAAGCCUGGCCCGCAGCCCUGCACGGUGGUGCGUAAAGAUUUCGUCCUCUCCCCGGGACAGUUGGAGCUGGAGCUGACGCUUGAUAAACAGUUGUACAUCCACGGCGAGACAGUAGCUGUGAACAUGUGCGUGCGUAACCACAGCAACAAGGUGGUGAAGAAGAUCAAGGCGUGCGUCCAGCAGGGCGUCGACGUCGUGCUGUUCCAGAGCGGACAGUACAGGAACAUUGUGGCCAGCAUCGAAACCCAAGACGGUUGCCCGCUGCAGCCGGGCUCCAGCCUUCAGAAGGUGCUGCACUUGACGCCCACUCUGACAACUAACCGUGACAAGCGUGGCAUUGCGCUCGACGGACAACUCAAACGCGACGACACCACGCUAGCCUCCACCACACUACUAUUGGACCCAGAGCAACGCGAUGCCUUCGGCAUCGUGGUAAGCUACAGCGUAAAGGUGAAGUUGUACCUGGGCGCGCUCAGCGGCGAGCUCGUCGCCGAACUGCCGUUCAUUCUCAUGCACCCAAAGGAGGGGCGCGCGAAGGUGAUCCACGCAGACAGCCAAGCCGAUGUGGAGAUGUUCCGUCAGGACACCGUGCACCACCAGGAGAGUGUGGAAGUCUACUAG